AUGAUGGGAAGCACAUGUCCUAAUGUUGAUAUUGUGAUGAUACAUUUGAAUGGUGUGAACCUUUUGGUGGGACUCCUAUGGAAAAAGAUGAACCAAAUAGUGAAAAAAGCAGAUGAAGACAGUCAAGCUAGUAAAGACAGUGAUGAUAGUGAAGACAAUGAAGAUAGUGAAGACAGUCAAGAUAGCGAUUACAUUGUUGAUGAAGAUAAUUUGUUAAAUGAUCCAGAGGUUGAUAUGAAGAAAUUUCACCUUAACAUUGACAAAGAGGUGGAGUGGGUUAGAAGUUUUCCUGAUGAUCGAGAUGAAGCAGUAGAAGGUGAUGAAGAAUUAGAGGUUAUAGACAUUGAAGAAUUAGUAUCUGCAUCUUCAUCAGAUGAGGGUGAAGCUAGUGAAAAAUGGAAGAAGAUAAGAGAUUUACAAAGAGCACAUAAGAAUGAAGCAGCUGCUGUCAAAGAUCCAUUUUACAUCCACCAGACUUUUAGCACAGCCAAGGAAGUUAAACAAAAAAUUUAUCUUCAUUCCAUACAGAGUAGAAGGGAGUUAGACUUCGUCAAGAAUGAUAAAAACAGGAUUAUAGUGGUUUAUAAAGGGAUAAUACCAAACCUUGAGAUAUUAGAAACAUGA